AACGGUACUUCCGCCAUUUUCAAAUUAAACUUUCUUUUCAUUUGACCGAGAAAUAUUCUCAUAAUUUUCAAUUACGACGAGUAUUCAAUUUCAAUCGGGACGAACUUCCUUGUAAAUUCAGCCCCUUAAGUUUAAAUAUUACUUGUUAACAUUUGGAAUUUAUAUACUAGACCCUAUUAUGAUCAUCGAUAAAGUUUUAAUAUUUAGUUUUAAGUUAAUGAUUGUAAACUUAAUAUUAACCAAUGUCGUUUCUGAAGAGGAUACUGUAAUACAAACUUACAAAAUUGAAGGGAAAGUUUCUGUACUUCAAUCUAGUGGGGAAAAUAAAAAUACAGAAUGGAUGCAAGAUACUGUUGUUAUUGUGGAUGGAGGUAACUAUAGAGGAUUUCUUAAAGAAGAUGGUACUUUUGUUGUUAGUUCUAUACCCUCUGGAACAUAUAUAGUUGAAGUUGCAUCUCCAAACUAUCAGUUUGAACUUAUGCGUGUUGAUAUAACUAAAGGUGGAAAGAUUCGUGUACGAAAAGUAAAUUUUUUAUCAAUCAACUCAGUUCAAACAGCUCCUUAUCCGCUGAAUUUUUUUGCAACAGAGCGUGCAGCUUUUUUCGAACUGCGUGAAGAAUGGAAAGUUAAAGACUUUCUUUUUAAUCCAAUGGUACUAAUGAUGGUAUUACCAUUCCUCUUUAUUUUUGCAAUGCCAAAACUAGUUGCAAUGGCUGAUCCUGAAGCUCAAAAGGAGAUGCAGUCACAAAUGAGUGUUUUGAAUAACCCCCAAAAAUUACCUGAUUUAUCUGAAAUGAUGUCUAAUUGGUUUAGUGGAGGUGAGAAAAAAAAGAAGACUGCGACAACUGUAGCUGUUAAAAAAGCUGGAAAGCGUAGAUAAGGAAAUUCUCUCACAAUAAAUUAAUGGAGUUUUAAUAAAAGUUAUAGAGGUUUUUGACUUUUAUUCGAAUACCUAAUGAAAUUGAGUAUUAAAAAAACUUGUAUAAUAUUUGUAAAACUGAGCCAAAACUGGUAUAAGAGUUGUUUCAAUACCUUCAGUGAAGAAUUUCAAUGCAGUUAUCAAUUCACAAGCGAAAUGUGUAUUAAUCAAAUAUUUUUUAUUAAAAUUUUUUAAUUUAUUUA